AUGCGUCUAACAUAUAUGCCUCCAAUUGAAAAUCGUAAUGGUCAAUUUACAAAAAUGCGAAUGCAUUUACGACCGAAGUUACCAAUUCCUGUGAAUUAUGCAACAGCAGCAAUUCCAACAUAUGCUCCAUUUGGUACUGAAUAUACACCAGAACAAACAAUGAAAAUCGUCGGUGGUCGAUGUAUUGUACUACCUCAAUCCGUUGCAAAUAUGCCUAAAUUUUCUUUUGAAUCAUUACUAAAACCACCUGAUCCAUCUGUAUCUCCAACGAAACCAAUUCAACAUCUUCAUGAAGCUGAAAGUGCUCGAUUACAGCAUCAUGCUACAGGAAGAUAUGAAACAACGUAUCGUACACAAUUCGCCCCACGAACAACCCGUCAACCAGAACAAUUUUCACAACCAACUCGACAAUUUCAAAAUGUCUUUAGUCCAUAUCCAGUAUUACCAAAAAUCUCUCCAGAUCAUAAUCCUACACCAACAUCGGAUCGUAAGAGCGUUAUAGAUACUCCAGUACCACAAAAACCAACACCACAACCACCACCACAACAACAACAACAACAACCAGUAUUGAAUAAUGAGGAUACAUAUUUACCUCGUGAACCGAUAUUAUUAACUGAUUAUGAAGAAGAACGUUUAGCAGAACAAAUUCGCGCACAAUUAGGAGGUGAAGCAGCAGUUGAAAAAUUAAAAAUACUUUAUCAAGAAUUAGCUGCUUAUGAUCCAAAUACAACAUGUUAUAUACAUUAUAAUGCUGUUCGAUCAAUAGCAUAUCAAAUCGGACUUUAUAUGGCUGAUGAUACAUUUCGUUUUGCUAUGAGUAAAUUUGUUUCAGCUGAUCAACCACGUGGUUUAAUAAAUUAUGAAGAUAUGAUUCGAUAUUUUGCACGAUGUAUAUCAUCUCUCACACCUAAUCAAUACGAAAGUCGUCAGUACCAUCUUGGUAAGCAUUGGUCUCAGCAUUCCAACUAUUACGAUACUAAUAUAGGAAAUCAUCCACAACAACAACAACAACAGAUGGUGUCGAAUGGUUCGAAUUUCUCGAAAUCAAAUGAUAAAUUCGAUCCUGAUGAAAGUCAAAUUCGACUUUUAUUAAAACAAAAUUUAAAACAAUUUGAACAUGAUGGUACAAUUGAUUUUGAUAAAUUAACUCGAGAAUUAAGUAGUGUUGAUCGAAGUCAAAGUGGAAUAUUAAAUCGACAACAAAUUGAAGAAGUUAUUUAUAAAGUUCGUAUUCCAUUACAACGUUCAUUAACCUAUCAAAUACUUGAAAGACAUUGUCGAGCUUAUCCAAAAUUAUAUAAUUGGAGAGCGUUUGUUCAAUAUUUAAAAGAACGAACAUUUGAUAUACAACAAAUUCAAGAUCGAUCAAGUCCAAUUUUUUCCCAAUAUACUCGAAGUCGAAAUCAAUGGCUUGACGAUCUUCAAAAAGAAUUUAAUGAAAGAGAUCGUUUACGUCUUAUUGAACGAUUUAUGUCGAAUAUUGCUAAUAAUGAAGGAGUGCGAUUGGAAAGUACGUAUCCAAAUGCUUGGUUUACACGAUUUUUACGUUUAGCAAAUGCUAUGUAUUCACAUCGUACUGAUUCAAAUGUUAUGCAAGAUUAUUUAUUACCUCGUGAAGAAGCUCGUCGACUUCUUCAAGCUUAUAAUCAAGUAUGGGAUUUACAGAUCAAUGAAAAUAAAAUCCUACGAGCUUUUGAUGCAUAUUCUCGAAAUGGAUAUGUUGUUAUUAAUGAAGUACUUAAAGAACUUGCUAAAUGA